AUGGCCGCCAUCAACAUACUAGUCGUCGAGUCUCACCGCCUCAACAUUACUACUUCUCAAGAACAAGCCAUCCCUCUAUCUCUUCUCGACAGCACAACCGCCAACUUCUCCAACGCUAGUGCCGUGUGGCUUUUUGAAAAGCCCACUCGCGAUGACUUGAACUUAUCCUACCAUCUACGAGAAUCGUUGGCUCGGACUCUUCGGUUCUAUCCGCAAUGGGGGGGCUAUCUGAAGGCUGUCAAAUCAACAGAUGGAACCGUUCCACUAGAAGCAAAAUCUUUUCCGCCUCAUGCUCGACGGUUUGGACGUCUGUAUGCGCAUUAUGGGACUGAUAAUGAUCCUGGCGUGGAGUUCGUUCAUGCAAAAUGCGAUGCUACGCUUGAUUCUUUAUAUCCCGCAGAUAGGACUUCAAAGCAACCUUUCUGGAAGUGCGACUCCAGUGUCUUUCAAAAGCUCAUGGCCCCUGUCACGAUUUCUCAGCCACUGAAAGAUUUAUUGGAGGACAAGAAUGGACAAUUGUUGCCUCUACUCGCCAUUCAAAUUACCCAAUUGUCUUGCGGCGGCUUUGCCCUUGCUCUCAAUGGGGCGCAUCCUCUCGCAGACGCCACGACUCUUCUCGCUUUUAUCAAACACUGGGCGAACGAAAGUCGCCAAGGUUUACGGAAUACCCUUCCUGCUUCAAAGCCUGUGUUCAAUCCUGCUCUUAUCGACAACCAAGCAGCCGGAGACAUCAAUGCCGACGAACCGGACCUGGAUAUCAUACAACGAGCAAGAAGUUUACCAAUGCAUAGAUUUGACUGGUGGCAUCCAGACUCGACGCCUCCUUGGCCGUUCAAAAUACCUUCGCCUUUUGACAAACAGGACCUUGAGCCCGUCGGCAAACCAAUGCCAUGGGCCGAGUGGAAUGUCGCCGAGCCUGUUUCAAACUACGUUGUUCAUUUGAGUCAGAAACAGGUAACAUGUCUCUGGAAAAGGACGAACGAGAACUCUUCACAGAAGCUAAGCCAACACGAUGCAAUACUAUCUCACGUUUGGUCAUGCAUCGCUCGUGCUCGUGGCCUCAAAAAUGACACAGAUCCAAUCCACUGCGAUCUAGUCUAUGGCGUUCGCUCAUCCUUUCACCUCAAAGAAGACUUCCUCGGAUCUCCAGUCGUAAUGAUGAACAUCGGACUCCCUGCCUGCCAAGUUGCCAACCCAUCCAGCAUAACUCAGGUAGCAACCCAAGUCCGCAACACACUCCAGACGAUCUCUGACCCUUCCAACAUGGCCGCCCAUCUGCACAGCCUGGCUUUUGAAAAUUCUCCUCAGCGGAUAUGGCAAGCAUUCUUGGGUAGACGGCAUAUCUUGGUGACGACUUGGGCACGAGCGGGGAUAUAUGAUGUUGACUUUGGGUUUGGAUCCCUGUGUCGUUAUGCUGAGGGCGUAGUUCCGGAAAUGGAUGGGAAUGUGUUAAUAAAAGAAGCAUCGGGUCCUCUGGGGAAGUACUGGACGGAUAAUGGUGUUGAUGUUUCUAUUCACAUCAGGACAGAAGAUAUAGAGCGGCUUAUCAGGGAUCCGCUCCUGUUUCCCGUCGAUUCAUGA